ACUUAAGCACCAGAUCCGAACUCCCUCUCUGUCCUCGGUCUUUGCGUUGCUCGCUCUGCACUCUCUCUCUCUCUCUCUCCUCAUUUCUCAAUAAUGGCAAUAUCAAAUACAACAGCUCCACCACCAACAAGAACAGCAACGUCGAAGGGAUGGGUGAGCAAUCUGCCUUCGAUAGCAUCUCGAAUCUAUUUCUUUCUAAUCAUUCUUCAGGUCCCUCUUUUCAGGGUCCCAUGCAGAUCUGGCAUGUGUUCUACACCAAUUCAUGUCACAUCUUCCCAGUUAGUUGCAAGUGAGAUCUUUCCUGUUCCUGUAGUGAAAGCUCUUCUCUACCCUGGAGCUAUUGUCAAUGGUCUUGUCAGGAACAUGACUGUUCCAAGGUGGGACAACGUGUUGAGCAUCUAUAACUUGACCAGUGUGAAAGAAGCACCUGCAGUAGUUGAUCUCCAGCGCUUAGAGGUUCUUGCUGGAAGCUAUUUUUCUGUGGCAGGAGCACUUGUGGGCAUAUUAAAACCUGGGAGGAUGAGCAUGUUUGGGACACUUUUGGUAAUUUGGGGCCUUGUCAAGGAAGGGAUCCUAGGAAAGCCAACAAAUACAGAUCCUGCUAAAGCUGUCUAUGUCUACCCAACAAUGUUGCUUGCCCUGAUCUGUGCCUUCUCAUCUGUAAAGUAUGACAUGAAGAAGGUUGUAAGAAGUGCACCUGCACGACCCAUCGUCAAGCCCCUAAAGAGCUCCACAAAAUCUAAGCUGAAAUGAGUUGAAUGCCUUGAAUCAAAAAGAUUUUUGUUUUUCUAAUGCCAUGAAACUUAACAUGGUUGAGAUGAAAGCAUGCUGUUCUGCCAAAAUCAAUUUUGAACACAAACUACUUGUGAUAUUAAGUGGACAUUAACAAUACGUUUAUUAGGGAACUGAGGAAUCUAAGAAGGCUUGUCUGCAUUUCCUUAAUAUCAGAUAUUGUAUUCUUCUGUUUA